UGCCGGGCGGGCUCGCCUCGCCCGCUCCAUGCCGCUGGGGCCGGGGGCGCUGCGGAGCGGGGCAGGGGGCGUUCGCCAUGGCCGAGGCGGGGGCCGAGGAGGAGCAGCAGAAAGCGGCGCCGGCAGAUAAUCUUGUGAUGGAAGGGAGCCAGUGUGUUGCCUCUGCAGUCUCCACCCUUAUGAAUCCAAUAACCAACCCUGACACUGCCUGUUCGUUCAACACAUUUGCUGUUGAGUCUCCAAAAAAGCGCAAAGGAAGUGAUUUUGAUAACCAGAGUGAAGAUGGAGAACAUGUAAAAAUUAAAUAUUUCAGGGAAGCUCAUAGUCAAACAGAAAAACGAAGAAGAGAUAAAAUGAAUAACUUGAUAGAAGAAUUAUCUGCUAUGAUACCUCAGUGCAAUCCUAUGGCACGUAAAUUAGACAAACUUACAGUAUUACGAAUGGCUGUGCAGCAUUUCAAGUCAUUAAAAGGUUCUACUAGUUCUUAUGCAGAAGUUCAAUAUAAGCCUUCAUUUUUACAGGAUGGUGAGCUGAGACAAUUAAUCCUUAGGGCUGCUGAUGGGUUCCUGUUUGUGGUUGGAUGUGAUAGAGGAAAAAUUCUUUUUGUCUCUGAAUCAGUCUGCAAGAUACUUAAUUAUGAUCAGGCCAGCUUGAUUGGACAAAGUUUAUUUGACUACUUGCAUCCAAAAGAUGUUGCCAAAGUGAAGGAGCAACUAUCCUCUUCAGACGCUUCACCAAGAGAAAAGCUUAUAGAUGCCAAAACUGGCUUGCAAGUACGUAUGGAUUUUCAAGCUGGAUCAGCUCGAUUGCAUUCUGGUGCUCGGCGUUCCUUCUUCUGUCGGAUAAAGUGUAGUAGGAUCACAGUCAAGGAAGAAAAGAAAUGCUUGCCCAACUCAAAGAAGAAAGAGCACAAAAAGUACCGUACAAUCCAUUGUACUGGCUAUCUGAAGAGCUGGCCUCCUACCGAGGUGGGAGUGGAAGAGGAGAAUAAUGCAGAAGACAGCAGUAACUUUAACUGUCUUGUUGCAGUUGGGAGAUUGCAUCCUUAUAUUGUUCCACAAAAGAGUGGUGAGAUAAAGGUCAAACCAACAGAAUUUGUUACACGCUUUGCCAUGGAUGGAAAAUUUGUUUAUGUAGACCUACGUGCAACAGCAAUUUUAGGGUAUCUGCCGCAAGAGCUUCUAGGAACUUCUUGUUAUGAGUACUUCCAUCAAGAUGAUCACAAUCAUCUAGCUGAUAAACACAAAGCAGUGUUGCAGAGUAAAGAAAAAAUAUUUACAAAUUCCUACAAAUUCAGAGCAAAAGAUGGAACUUUCAUUACAUUGAAGAGUCAAUGGUUUAGUUUCAUCAAUCCAUGGACCAAAGAACUGGAGUACAUUGUAUCAACCAACACUGUAGUGUUGGGUCACAAUGAGUCAGGAGAAGAAGCAUUACUACCCUGUAGUUCCCAGUCCUCAGAAGAUACUUCAAAGCAGUCUUUUCCCAGUGUUCCUGGGAUGUCCACUGGAACAAUACUUGGUGCUGGAAGCAUAGGAACUGAGAUUGCAAAUGAAGUAUUAAACUUAGAAAGGUUACAUUGUUCUCCAUCUAUUGGUGAGUUAAGUCCAUCUGAUCUUAUGAGGAAAUCUUCUCCAACUUUAACUCCAAAAUGCAGCAAUGUGCCAAAUAAAGAGUUGAUUCAGUUAUGUCCUUCAGAAAUGGAGGACUUGGAGACCUUGGGGCAAAAUCAGGGCACUGUUUCAUUCCCAAGCAAUGAACCUCUUCUCAGUGACAGUUGCCAGUUGGAUUUUGAUGCAAUGUGUGAAAAUGAUGAUACUGCCAUGGCGUCUCUCAUGAAUUACUUGGAAGCUGAAGGAGGCCUUGGGGAUCCAACAGAACUCUGUGAAAUACCAUUGACUCCCUAGUGGUUAUUUUAUAUACAAAUGAGAAGAAUGUAAAAUUCUGUAAUGCACAACAACUGCACAUCCUCAAGUACUGUAUUGGUCAUUUUUAAGGCUUUAUUUUAAUUCAUAUUUACUAUCUGUAUAUUUGCUAAGACUUUUAUGCCUUGUUCACAAAGAAAUGGCUUGUUCUGCACAUAUAGAAAAAAUGUGAUAUUUUUUCAUGACCGAGAACCUCAAAAUUGUAUUGAUCCAUAUCUGACUAGAGUGCUUACAACACGUGGUUAUAUUUUUGCUAAAAAGCUUUAACCCAAAGAUACCGUACAAUGUAUAGGAAUAACAGUGUUCAUCUAAAUGUUUUAAUACUUUAAAAAACAACAAAAAAAAGCUUUUAUUUGUAAUUUUCUUUUAAGAAUUGGGUGGAAAAGUAUUUCUCCAUGUCACUUCUGUAGGACUUUCUCUAAUUGCACAGUUUGAGAAAUGUUUUUGUACCUCUAAGCUUUCUUUGAAAAUAUGGUUUCCACACUGCAAAAUUGUAAGAUAAAGUACUAUAGUACAAAAGGGGACAUUGCCGUUUACAAUUCUUUGCCCUUUUUAGAAGUAUUGUGUACAAUUUUUAUAGUCAAGUAAAAACAAAAGAAAAAACAAUAGUCUGGGAACAAGAAACCAAGUUAUAGGAUUUGUGUUAAAUUAUCCAGUAUGCUGACCAGGAAAAGGAUUUGAGAGUUCUGGACAAACAAUGUUAAACAUUGUCCCACAGCACAAAUGUGACUGGUGGGGAAGAAGAGAGACAAAAUAGUUUAAUACAAAGUAUUAUUUAAAUAUAUUAGUAGAGGGACAGAACACAAAACCGUAGUAGUAAUACUGUAACUGUAAUAAAACAAUUUGGUCACUAUAGUUUGGGGGAUAUUAUUGCCUUGGAAAUAUGUGUUAGAGCAGUGGAUUUCAACCUCUUUUCAUUUGCAGUUCCCUAAAAAAUUUUGAAUGGAGGGAUGGAUCCCUUUGGAAAUCGUAGACAUAGUCUACAGACCUCCAGGGGUCCAUGGACCAGAGGUUGAAAACCACUGUUAUAGAGCAUAGCUAUUUAAAGAAAGCAGAUUAAAAUUAGUCAAUAUAAUCUUACGUCUGGAGAAAAGUGAGAAUUGAGGAGCCGGAGAUUUUAAAAAGUAAUAAAGUGGAAUUGAGACUAGUCAGAAGUGGUAAAGUAUGUUGGACCUUAAUGGCCUUUUCCUGUUUAAUGUCUUAUGUAAAUACAGUUUUCCAAGCUUUUCCCAACAAUAUUAGGUGUCUCAGGUUGGGGACCUAAACAUUGAGGCAUCCAAAAUCACUAGCCACUUUUGAAAAAAUCCUGGCCUUUAUCUCUAUCUAUUAAUUGAGACUGCUGGAACUACAUUUGAGUUAUGUAACUGCACAGAGUAGUGGGAGAAAUGUGUGUGUAUGUAUUGGCUAUAGGUGGUUUGCAAGUGGCAAUAUAGGGGUAUAUUACAUUUUGUGAAAAGGGCACUUAAUUAUAGAAUACCUUUUAUAGUACUUGUAUUUUGGAGAAAUCAAAAGUUUUCUAUUACUUAAUACUAGCUGCAAAUACUUUUGUGCUAUUACAAUCCUUUAAUAUAUAAUUGUUGCAUUUUGCAUUCUUAUUUCUAAUUUUAUAAUCUUCUUGCAAAAUAUGUGAUCCAGUUAUGACAGAUCACCCUUGAGUGCAGCACUGUUAAUAUGUUGCAUUAAAACAAUAUGGUGUUAGUAUCCAGGUAUGGAUGUCUUAGCUCAUACAUUGUAUGUGCAGUUAAAUGAGUCAGUCAAAGGAUUAUGCCAUAAAUGCUCCCUCCCCUCCCCCCAAAAUUCGUGAAAUGAAAGAAAAGCAUUGAAAAUGUUUUGAGAUGUGUAGAUCUUUUGUGUUAGAAUAUUUUUUACAAUUUGAAAACACAGGUUCAGUUUGUAAGUAGUAUGUCUUCUUCUAAAUGUAAAAUUAUGAAUACCGUUAGUUUAAUGGAAGAGAUUGCAGUUGAUGUAGACAUGUGCCUAACAUUAAAGGUGAUGGUUGACACUCAGCAGACAUCAGAUGCAUCUAGAUAAGAGUGUAGAAUGGUGUAUAGAAAAUUUCCUAGGAUAUUUCAAGAAAAAGAAAUAAGUAAUUACCCUAAAUAGCCACUAGAUGUCAAACUUCCUCUAUUUGACAAUAAUUUGACUCUGAAAGGUGGGAUACUAUAAUCUUCUGUGAUGUAUUAACUCCUAUACUUAACUGGAACAGCUGUAUACCUUAUAGACAUUAGAGAAAAUUACUGGAUGUCUGAAAUGUAUACAUUUCUAACCCUGGGGACAAUAAUAUCUGAUAUAAUUUUACUGCUAGAGCUGAAUUUGGCCCUUGAUAUGGAGCAAUACAGAAAAUCAGGAUUCUUUCUCAGAAUUGUGAUCGGAUUCUAUUUUUAUAAUUGUUUCUGAAAGAUGGAUUCUAAUUAUUACUUUAAUUGUAGGGAAAGUUAUGAAACACAAUGGCUGUUUUCCUUAUUCGGCGUUUGCUAAUUGAACAUUUAAAGUAAAAAUAAAUUCUAAUUAAAACAAGUUCUAUAGGUAACCUAGAGAAAUAAACAGUUUAAAACCAGAUGGUUCAAAGAAGAGUCCAGAUAUUUCCAUGCAAGAAUGAGAGUAUUAAUUCUUACAAGAGACAAUAUUACCAUGCAUAAUCAAACCGCUGUUUUGGGAUUCCUCCCAGAUUACUCCUGGAAAAUCUUUUUUACCUUAGAGGCAAAUCUAUUGUAGAACUAGUUUUAUUCCGCUAGUUUGCUAAACCCUUUGUAAUCAGCAACCUGUAUAGUAUGUGUCUGUUAGCUGCUUUCUUGAACCCUUUCUAUUUGCAAAACCAUUUGUCAAACCUGCAGAUUUCACACUAUUCUACAUUGUACAAUGUCUUUUUUGUAAAUAUUUAUGAUGAUAAACGGCGAGGCGAAAUUAAAAUAUAUUUUAUACAAA